UUCUAACAAAUAAAAGAGAAAAACCUUUAAAUUCGGGAGAGUAGACGAGAGAGAGACCUUAACAGAAGAGGAAGAAGGGGAAAAUGGGGGGUCCUUCACGGCAGUGUGAAGUUUGCAAUCAAGCUAAGUCCAAGUACAAGUGCCCCUCUUGUCUUGUUCCUUAUUGUUCUAUGCCAUGUUUCAAGACACAUAAAGAAACUCCCUGUGUGAAACCGGAAUCCACACAGGACAAGUCUGGAACCUCUAAUGUGAACUCAGAGUCUGUUAAUAAUGCUGUAACAAGUAGUGUCAAGCCAGAGUCCACCAUCAAUGCUGUGACCCCCAGUGUCAAGCCAGAUUUAUCUGAAGGAAGAGCCAGUGCUAAUCCAGGAUUUCAAGUGGAAAGGAAACUAGAAGUUGAUGACCCAAGUGAAGUGCUACAAAUAAUGCAGAUGCAGGCUAUUGCUUCUUCCGAUGAAGUCCGUGAAGCCUUGAAGGAUGAACAUCUUCGAAAACUUAUCUCUAAUAUUGAUAGCUCCCCAGACGCAUUGAAUUUCAGUGAACUCGACAAAGCUAUGGGAGUGGAUGUCUUUCGCAUUUUUAGUGAUAAGCAGAUAGUGGCUGAUCAGGACUUGUUAACAUGCAAAGUUGAACCUGCUAUUGUUUUCUCUGUUAUCAGAUUUUAUCUGCGAUCAAUCCGUGACCGCAUAUAUUUUAUAAAGGCCAUUGAAGUUCUUUUUCCAAAUGCAUUGUUGUGAACAUGGUUAUGUCCAAGUUUUGCUGCGAGAUCAGAUGAGGAACUGCCCUGCCGUUUGAGCCCGGUCAGCUGUUGAUGUUUCUGUAUGUUUAACUGUUUGAUCAAACCGGUUUACAUAUUGUUUUUAUUGUGUUUUAUAUCUUGAUGAAAAUGGCUGUAGUGGCCUUUGUUUUCCGAAUGCAUGUAUUGUUGAAUACCAGGGAACAUCAUUGGGGACCAU